GACAAUAUGAAUAACGCUACAUUUGACGUUGAGGACUGGAACAAUGAAUAUGCGAGGAGGUAUAUAGUAAGCACUAUUUUGCAGUCUUUCUUUUUAAUUUUUGGAUUCAGUGGAAACCUGAUUGUACUCGCCACAUAUAUCACCAAGAUGAAAUCUACACACGACGACAGAUACUUCAUACCAAUUCUUGCUGGAGUGGAUCUCUCAGGUUGUGUCGUCUCAACAACCUUAAUUUUAUUGAGCAAUAACCAACCUUACAAAUACCCAAGUUCUCUGAUUUGUAAGAGUCUGAAUGGAGUGACAUGUGGGCUUAUUGUUGCUUCUAUUUUUCUGCUGUUAGUGAUAUCAGUACAAAGAUACCAGAAGAUAUGUCGCCCAUUUGGAUUUCAGAUGAACUUAAAAUGCAAGCGAACUGUCGUAACGAUGGUGUUAAUCAUCGCCACUGUCUUUGUGUUACCAUCAUUUUUCCUGUAUGAAAAAGUCCAGGUUUUUCACCCAGUGAAGAACAUCACUGGCCAUAGAUGUGGCCCUGUACCAAGUACAAAAACGGUUGGAGAGAUUUAUCGAAGUAUGCUUAUGGCUGCAGAACUUAUCUCCGUGAUUUCCAUGUCUGUUCUUUACGGAUUCGUCGGUUACACAAUAUUAACAAGAAGAAAACCAGCGGGCAAUGUGCUGGGUGUAGCAAAGCCUCACCAUAAAACCAUUGAUGAAAAUCCCCAGGAAUCAGGAAUUACGUCAAGAAAAGGAAAUAUGCGUUCCGGAAAACAAUACUCCUUGAUGUUUAUGUCCAUUUCUCUAAUUAGCAUUCUUUGCUUCUUCCCACCAUGGAUCUGUAUUAUAUUGGAAACAAAGGACAAAGCGUUUUGGGAUCACCUAACCCACGAAGAAACCCAAGUAUUUAUCCUCAUGCGUGGAGUAUUUGUAUUGAAUUUUGUGAUCAACCCAUUUAUAUAUGGAUUUUUCGAUUCUAAAUUCCGUGAAAACGUUAAGAGUAUGUUUAAAAUGCUUACGGAGAAGAAAUAAUUUCAAUGACUGCAAAAUCAAUACAGAUAAAAUUCAUAAUUUUUGGUGUGCAUUUUACGUUGGUUUGAUGCAAGUAUAUACUAGUUACUGUUAAUAAACAAAAAUUAAUGUUUUAAAUGGAAAAAAAAUCACAGUUAACAAUUUGAUAAUUGUGUAU